CUGCAAACGCGUCUGCAAGUCGAGAUGUCGCACCUGUCCCCCCAAGCCAAGCCCUCCAACCCCAGUAACCCUCGAGUCUUCUUUGACGUGGACGUCGGAGGGGAGCGAGUGGGUCGAAUUGUCUUAGAAUUGUUUGCAGAUAUUGUACCCAAAACUGCGGAAAAUUUUCGUGCAGUGUGUACAGGAGAAAAAGGCAUUGGACCUGUCACGACUGGAAAACCUCUCCAUUUCAAAGGAUGCCCUUUUCAUCGAAUUAUUAAGAAAUUUAUGAUCCAGGGUGGAGACUUCUCAAAUCAGAAUGGGGCAGGUGGAGAAAGUAUUAAUGGUGAAAAAUUUGAAGAUGAAAAUUUCCAUUAUAAGCUUGAUCGGGAGGGUUUACUGAGUAUGGCAAAUGCAGGCCGCAACACAAAUGGCUCUCAGUUUUUUAUCACAACAGUUCCAACUCCUCAUUUGGAUGGGAAACAUGUGGUGUUUGGCCAAGUAAUUAAAGGAAUAGGAGUGGCAAGGAUAUUGGAAAACGUAGAAGUGAAAGGUGAAAAACCUGCCAAAUUUUGCAUUAUUGCAGAAUGUGGAGAAUUGAAGGAAGGAGAUGAUUGGGGAAUAUUCCCAAAAGAUGGCUCUGGCGACAGUCAUCCAGAUUUCCCUGAGGAUUCAGAUAUAGAUUUAGAAGAUGUAGAUAAAAUUUUAUUAAUAACGGAAGACUUAAAAAACAUUGGAAAUACUUUUUUCAAAUCCCAGAACUGGGAGAUGGUCAUUAAAAAAUAUGCAAAAGUUUUAAGAUAUGUUGACAGUUCAAAGGCUGUUAUCGAGACAGCAGAUAGAGCCAAGCUGCAACCUAUAGCUUUAAGCUGUGUACUGAAUAUUGGUGCUUGUAAACUGACGAUGUCAAAUUGGCAGGAAGCAAUUGACAGUUUGGAGGCUCUUGAAAUAGACCCAUCAAAUACCAAGGCAUUGUACCGAAGAGCUCAAGGAUGGCAAGGAUUAAAAGAAUAUGAUCAAGCAUUGACUGAUCUUAAAAAAGCUCAGGAGAUAGCACCAGAAGAUAAAGCUAUCCAGGCAGAAUUGCUGAAAGUCAAACAAAUGAUAAAGACACAGAAACAUAAAGAGGCAGUAUAUGCAAAAAUGUUUGCUUAGUAAGGAUUCAAUUUUGCUUAUUGUGUGAUUGUAUAAAUGCAAUAAGAAAAUUUAAAGGUUUUGUCUAUUAAUAUGAUCCCUAAUAUGUUUCUUUUUACACCUCAGUUCCUCAUUGUUUACAGUUUAGGAGUACUGAUAGGGGUUCAUGCUUAAUAAACAUGUUACAAUACAGUAAAA